AGCUUCAACCUUUUCAUACAAACUCCCCUCCAGCGCCACAAAGCGGGAGAGAGAGAGAGAGUGUGUGGGACGAGGGAAAUUGUGCUGAAACGCUGCCAAGAUGGCCCUGUUGAUUGGUCCAAAAGAUUACGAAAAUGAGCCACCGCGACAUCCAGCGUUGAGAAUCAAUGCCAAGGAGCCUUUUAAUGCGGAGCCUCCACCUUCGGCUCUGGUAGCAUCAUACAUCACACCCAUAGACAUGUUCUACAAGCGGAAUCAUGGACCAAUUCCGAUUUUGAAAGAUCCUUCAUCGUACCGAUUGGAGAUAACUGGUUUGGCACCAAAGAAAUUAUCUCUGAGCUUGGAAGCUAUAAGGAGUUUGAAGAAACACACGGUUGUGGCUACCUUGCAGUGUGCAGGGAACCGUAGAACGGCCAUGAGUGACACUCGUAAAGUAAAGGGAGUAGGCUGGGGUAUAUCAGCCCUUGGAAACGGGAUAUGGGGAGGAGUGCUGCUUUCAGAUGUACUAGAGUUGGCGGGCAUACCCUGCUAUACCAGACGCUCUGCGAAUGGAGGCAAGCAUGUUGAGUUCAUUAGUGUCGAUCAGUGUAAGGAAGAGAAAGGAGGGCCAUACAGAGCAUCAGUGCCUUUAUUGCAAGCUACCGACCCAGAAGCUGAAGUUUUACUGGCUUAUGAAAUGAAUGGCGAGGAACUAACCAGGGACCAUGGGUAUCCUUUGAGAAUUGUAGUACCGGGAGUUAUCGGUGCACGAUCUGUGAAGUGGCUUGCAAGUAUUGAUAUUUGUCCUAUUGAGUGCCAGGGUUUUUUCCAGCAACAAGAUUACAAAAUGUUUCCACCUUGGGUUGAUUGGAACAAUAUCGUUUGGCCUUCACGGCGGCCACUCAUGGACUUCCCUGUUCAGUGUGCCAUCUGUACACCCUCAGAUGGGAGCUUCAUCAAGACAGGAACCACGGUCAAAAUUAGCGGAUAUGCCUUGAGUGGAGGAGGACGUGGGAUAGAGCGAGUUGAAGUAUCUUUAGAUGGUGGUCGAACCUGGAUUGAAGCGACCCGACUGCAGAGUGGCCGUUCGGCACCUUCGAACUCUUACAUUUCAGAUGUAGACGAGCAGCGUGAGAAAUGGGCAUGGGUGUUGUGGGAAUACAGUACCACAAUGACUCCACCUACGACGAUCAUUGCCAAGGCUGUGGAUAGUUCAGCCAAUGUGCAGCCACAAAAAGUUGAAGAUAUAUGGAACUUGCGUGGAGUUCUCAAUAAUUCUUGGCAUGAAGUACAUGUGAAGGCUGAGCCACAAUCGAUUCAAUCUAGCCUGUAAGCUGUACAAACUGAUAACCUUCGACACAACUAACUAUCAGACUAUCCUAUCAGAUGAAUCUGAAUUCUACACGUUAAGACACAAAGUCGAUCCAUUAUGGUAUCAACUUUCUUCUUCAGUGGUGUAAGGGCACAUUGGACAAGUUAAGGUUUUCUCACACCUAUUUGAUAGAGAUAUCUGUGAGUAUCAGCUUGACCGUUUCGGUCAGGUCAAACACCACGUGUGUUAGUUGUUUGACUUCCUGAAUUGUCAAGGAAAUACACAAGAUGCUUAGCCUCUUGCUUGGGUAGUUGUACAGUAGACUGCUCAAGGAGAAUAUCAAAUGACAGGACAGAUUCACUCGUGCUUUAUGCGCGUCCAGUAUUAAGUUUAUAGAUUUGUGAGUGGGGUGAUGCUUGUCGCUACAAUGUUCUUUGAAGGAGUUCCAGCUUGCUGAUUCAUAGCGCAGUCUAGGGCCAGUGGAACUGAGAAGCAGGAAGCACAUACCCUCUUGCUCCCAUUUUCUCUCAAGACUAUGGACUGCACAUCACUUGAAUCUUUCACUGGUUUUACUUCUCAUCUUACUUCUCAUCUUCUCAUCUACCGCUGGAACCUGGAUGAUUGGAGGUUCUUUUCUUCAGUUCUGAAAGUCUCGUUCGGCAGUAAAUUUCGACAGUAUAUUUGUCUAUAUGUCCUUUCAUACUUGAAAGGACAUAUAGACUUGUUGAAAGUACAUGGCAUGGGAUUCGUCACGAGGAUAUAUCAAUCUUUGUGGGGUUUAUACGAGAAC